CCAGCACCCGGCCACUCCCCUACCCGCACCCCGCUGCCCGCUUCGUCACAAGUUCUCCCCUCCCCUCGGAUGCUCGGGCUCCUCCCCGCGGCGGCAGACGGCUCCCACUCCUCUGCAACCCGCGCCGCCGCUCCCCACCAUGGAAAAUUCGUGGAUUAUGACUGGGGUGGGACUCAUUAAGAAAAUAAGAAACGCCACUCAGUCGAUCUGUCUCCGACUUGGUGAAUUGGUUGCAGAACCAUAUAUCAAGUGUCCCAACUGUGAAUGUGAAAUUGAUACUAGCAAUGUUCAUUUGGUAUGGCCAGCGCUACCUGCUGGUGUAAAAUUUGAUCCUUCUGAUUUUGAACUACUUCAACAUCUAGAAGGAAAAUCCAGCCUGCUGAAUUCGAAGUCUCAUGCACUUAUUGAUGCUUUUAUACCUACUAUAGAAGAGAAGGGAGGAAUUUGCUAUACACAUCCAAAAAAUUUCCCCGGUAUAAAGAUGGAUGGUAGCACCUUCCAUUUCUUCCACAGAGUACCAAAUGCAUAUGGCUGCGGCCAUCGCAAGCGCCGCAAGGUUAGUGGCGAUGUUGGCAGUGUUUGUGAUGAGCCUAUCAGAUGGCAUAAGACGGGAAAACCCAAACCCAUACGCGAUGAUAAUGGUGUCAAGAAAGGCUGGAAGGAGAUCUUGGUUCUUUAUAGAGGUUCUAAGAGAGGUGGCAGCAACACACAUAUAGACAAUUGGGUGAUGCAUCAGUAUCAUCUUGAUGCAUAUGAAGAAGCAGAUGGUGAAUUGGUUGUCUCUAAAGUAUUCUACCAAUUGGCAUCAAAGAAAAAUGGCAAGUCUGAAAUGGAUGAUAUUGUAGUAGAGUCUAAGGCAUCUGUUGCAAAAAUUGAUCAUAGAACCCCAAAGACCGAUCCUCCCCAGCCCUGUUUCCCGAACAACAGCCCAUGCGACACCGAGCAGUACACCCCCAUUCAGGUGGAUCAGGAGGAAGAAGAAUGUGGCACAUCUUUUUGCCCGGUGAUGGUGAAGGUUGAACCAUCCGAAUGCUCUGCACGGUUAGCUGAAUUAUCACCAGCUGUUGUGGUUGCGGACCUUCCUGCCUCUGAUGAACCAAGGCAGCCUAGGGAUACAACGGGUGCAGGCCCUGAACCUGAAGCACCUAUACCCAUCGACGGUUCUAACACGGACCUGUUUCAUGGGUUGCCUGAUCUGGAUGUUACUUUUCCAGAGCUUACCUUCAGAUCAUAUCAGCUUUCCUGACAUACAGCUCGGCUCACAGGAUAGCUAAGGGGGCUGCUUGGACAGCUUCUAAUAACUGACGCGAAGACUUGGAGCUAGAAGCAGUGGCACUGCUGAAAAGAGCCAAUUUUGUUAAUGACUUUGCAGCGUCUGAAUCAUCACCUCAUGAGAUGCUUCUUCAUCGCGCAACUUUGGAGUGCGCAAGCCUGCAAGUUUCAGCAUCUCGUGGGAAAUUUUGUACAGUAAGUAUAGUUGUGGAAGAAACCGAGAGAGGUAUCCAGACAAACAUGUCGUACGUUGUAAGCAACUGUAUCUCGUAGCCAUGUUGUGGUUGUGUAUGUUGAUGCGUAGUCCAUCUCAUGUGUAGUAAUGUUGAUGUUUGGUCCACCUCAAAAGAUGAAAAGAACAUGCUGUAUAGUUAAUUUGAGCUGCAGCGGUGCUUCGACGUUUGA